GCCUUCGGUCGUGACCGUCAUGCAUCAUGCACCCCUGUCUACAGAUCCCAGAGCUGCUGAAACUCUUCUUCGACGCUUUGAACGACAAAAAGUCACUAUCCUAUCUAUCUCGAGCAUGCAGCACGUUCAAAGAGCCGGCGCUUGACGCGCUCUACACGGAGAUCGAUGGAUCUGAUUUUCUACUGUGCUUGCCCAGCCAUCUCUGGUCAGUUCAAGAGCGCACUGACCCAAUGAGACAGUCUAGCUUACUGAGGGUAUUUACACUGAAACGUGACAUAUCCCAACGAGAAUGGGAUACACUACUUCGGUAUACAGCCAGGGUCAAAUGCGUGUCGCUGUCUCCCGAGACGGAAGGAUCUUUUCGUAUGGAUAUAUCUGUGUGGAAGAACCUGUCUAGGACUCGACCUGUAGAAAAUGUUUUCCCCAUGCUUCGAACCCUGCGCCUGUACCCUCUCGACACCUUUAUACCCUCUAUCAAUCUCUUUUUGAGCCCCGAGCUUUGCUCUUUGGACUUCCUGAUAAGGUCCCCGGAGGUACUCGCAUAUAUCCUUCAAGUGCUUCCACCUGUCUGUCUAGGUGUCGAAGCUUUCCAUGUCACCUACUGUGCUUCUUUGCCAAAGACGACAAAGACCGACUUGGCCGAUGUCAUCUGUCAAUGGCCAAACAUCCGUAGCUUGACUAUACCUUCGAUUGACGAACGCAUACUCCGCCAUCUAACAAAAUCUCAGGGCCUCGGAUGCCUCCACUUCGACUUCCGGUCUCAUCAUUCAUGGUUGUCUGCGCCUAGUUUGGGUUUCCGUUCCAUGACACAUCUUUCCGUCCGCGCGGACUCAAUCAACGCCACUAUACGAGCGCUCAAAAGCAUUCGUUCAUCUUCGUCCGCAGGUGCUGAAUCACGAUUCUAUGCAAGAAUCCGCCACGUGCAAAUCGACGCUCCGUAUCGGGAGAGCGAAGAGAGCUUGAAUCCCUUGUUGGAGCUCACCUCUGGUCUUGGUGGUUACGUAGCACACGACCAUUUGGCCGAAAUGACCUUGCACCUCUCUCCAGAUACCCAGCUGCGCGGUCUAGAGCUCCUGCGCCCGCUCAGAGUCUUCACCCAUCUUUCACGCCUCAGUAUUACAGGCAAAAACAGCACCAUCGAUAUCUCUUUCGAUGCGCUGCAAACGUUGUUGGUCAACUGGCCGUGCCUCGAGGCCAUCCAGAUUAUCACCCUUCAUCCAUUCCUCACACUCCCGCAGCUCUUUGGCGUCCUGGAGGCUUGUCCUCGGUUACAGAUAUGCGGGCUCGGUACAAUCGUGAAUCCGCACGACGUCGAUGCGCUUCUCAAUCACGAGGACGACCUUCGUGUGUACGGCCCUUAUCGGAACGUGGAGCUUCUCAUUCUUGGCCACGCGACGGAAGAGACGCAGCAUGUGCGGCCGACGGUGCAGGUGCUGUCGCGUGUCGUACCCCAAUUGAAAUGUGUGGGAUCAAAGAUGGACUCUGAUGUGUUUGAUUCGAAAAGGACAGCUCACUCAAAGUUCUGGGUGGAUGUCUUGGAUGGUAUACAGGGGUUUAAUAAACUAUAGAAUCAACUGGUGUCUUUACAGACUAGCUUUAGAGCCAGAUGAAACUUGACAUUGAAGCGGACGAGUGCUACAAUUCGUGGUUUGAUGAUUUAUGAGGGCGAACUAUACUUAGCCUUCAUCUCUUCCCGUAUAGUCUAUCCGCCGCAAUCAAUGAGGAGAUAGUAGUAGAAAUAACAUUGCAAGUGCG